AUGAUGCUCUCAAUGAUCGUCACCACCCUCCUCACGGUCCUGAACGGAUUCGUCGCUGCUCAAUGCACUAGCGCUGACCGCAUUGGCUACGCAUCCCAAGUCCCCUACGCCUACAACCUGUCCCCACUUGGUGCUUCAGCUGCAGCUUUCGAAGCCAUCCCAUUCAACGCUGAUUGUCAAACCUCUAUCGCCGCCAACGGAGCUCCCGCUGUCCCAGUUGCUAUCGAUGGAAACACCACCGUCGUAUUCGCCGUUGCUACUCGCCAACUCUUCUCCACCGUCACCGGCAACUACAUCGACUUCCCCGCCAACGGUACAACUGAUAUCCAAACAAACGUCACCCUAGGCGUCCGAGGUAUCAUCACUAUCCCCGUCACCUUCUUCGCAAACGUCUACCUUGACUUCGAUGACGACUGUACGAUCACUGCCGUGCGAGCUUUUGCCGAGGUCCCGACGGUGGUUUUGGGUCUGCUUUUGGAUCCUCCUGCUGUUCCUCCUGGAAUUCUGCCCGAUGAUUUGAUUAUGGGGCUUCUUGGUGGUCUUUGAGUGGUCGUUGGUUGAUUUUGCUUUUGCGGUGCGAUAGUGAUUGGGAGAGAAACGUUGAUUAGUUGGUGGUAUCAUCAAUGAAUGCUUGCCAGAUGUGAACUGUGGGGUUUGAUGUGUGAUGAUGACUUUUUUGUUGAAUGAAAUGUGAAUAAUGU